GUCGUACGACCGUCAGAUCUGUUGUCAUUUCCUCUUGCUUCACAGUCUGCUGACAGCGUCGGGUUUGAUAAAAAAAAUAACAUCAAAGUGUGAAAAUCCCGGUGAUUUUUUCUGACAGAAUCGUCAGUGUGUGUUUGUGUGGAUCAUGCUGGAGGAUUCAAACACACACCAUCCCUCCAUCAGCGAAUGACAAACGCGCUCAGAUCAUCUGAAGCGGUCAUUAAUUGCUGGCGUGAGUGCGGCCCCGGGCUUCCUGUUGAGAUCUUCUUCAUCACUUUAAGCAGUCGUCUGAGGAUGUGUCUGCUUUGUUUAUCAUUCACUGCUCUCCAUGCCUGUUUCAGGUAGGAAGUGCGUAGGGGGACGUCACUGAGGAGUGAUGCCUGUUGAAAGUGGAAACAGCGCAGCCGCCCGUCAAGUCAAACAGAAGCGCAAGUCGCACAGUCUCUCCAUUAGGAGGACCAACAGCACCGAGCAGGACAGACCAGGCAUGCAGAGAGACAUGCUGGAGGGACAGGACUCCAAGUUGCCGAUGGCCUUAAGGAGUAACUUACUUGACAUGUUUGGACAGAUUGAGCGGGAGUUUGAAAAUCUCUACAUUGAAAACUUGGAAUUGCGAAGAGAGAUAGAAUCACUAAACGAACGUUUGGCUGGAGAAGGACAGACAGUUGACGGUGGUGAUCUGAGCAAAGGAGCCUUAAAAACAAAAGCUAGUCACAGCACAAGUCAACUGUCCCAAAAGCUGAAGACGACUUACAAGGCCUCCACGAGCAAGCGCUCAAAUUCUUUCCCUGGGAAAGUAGGUGGACCUCGCAACUUCAAUGUAGGAAACUGGGAGUUAUGGGGUGGAGACUCAUGGAUUGUGUCCAGCUUUAAAGCCACCACAUCUCGUGCAGUUUGUCAGCUGGUCAAGGAGUAUGUGGGACACCGGGAUGGGAUAUGGGACCUGGCCGUGACUCGGAUUCAGCCGUUGGUUCUAGGCACAGCUUCAGCAGAUCACUGUUCCAUGCUGUGGAGUAUUGAGACGGGGAAGUGCCUGUUAAAAUAUGCCGGCCAUGCUGGAUCAGUCAACUCCAUUAAGUUCCACCCCACAGAGCAGAUGGCACUUACAGCGUCCGGGGACCAGACGGCACACAUCUGGCGUUACAUGGUACAGCUGCCACUUCCCCUGCCCCCAGCAGACAUCAGCGCCUCGCUGGACGAUGACGUGGACUUCUCUGAUAAAGACGAGGCCGACGGGGAGGCAGAUGGGCCUAAUGAAUGCCCCACUAUCCGUGUCGCCACUACGACCUUGAAGAGCCACCAGGGGGUGGUGAUUGCAGCUGAUUGGCUGGUGGGAGGAAAGCAGGUGGUCACUGCAUCCUGGGACAGAGCCGCCAACCUCUAUGAUGUAGAAACCUCUGAGCUGGUGCACACCCUCACAGGUCACGAUCAAGAGUUGACCCACUGCUGUACUCAUCCCACCCAACGUCUGGUGGUGACUUCAUCCAGGGACACCACCUUCCGCCUGUGGGACUUCAGAGAUCCUUCCAUCCACUCAGUCAACGUCUUCCAGGGCCACACAGACACUGUGACAUCAGCCGUGUUCACUGUCGGGGACAACGUGGUGUCUGGAAGUGACGAUCGCACCGUCAAGGUGUGGGACCUGAAGAACAUGAGAUCUCCGAUUGCAACCAUUCGCACAGACUCGGCCGUUAAUAGGAUAAGUGUCUCAGCGAACCAAAGAAUCAUCGCUCUGCCGCAUGACAACAGGCAGGUCAGGCUGUUUGACAUGAAUGGGGUCCGUCUGGCCCGUCUCCCACGGAGCAACAGACAGGGCCAUCGGCGCAUGGUGUGCUGCUCUGCCUGGAACGAGGAGAACCAAGCCUGUAAUCUGUUCACCUGUGGCUUCGACCGCCAGGCCAUCGGCUGGAACAUCAACAUCCCUGCCCUGCUGCAGGAGAAGUGACGCGUUCACACCCCCAACCCAUAUGUGAAGAGUUUUACACGAAGCUUAACACGGCCAAUCCACGCAAUCACGGCUGAAUCCUCGAACACGUUCUUCAGUGCCACACCUUCUGUAGAUUAAACUAAAGAACACGUUCACGUUGUGUGUGUGAUACGAUUCAGUGCUUCAUCACAGUCACUGUCCUGUGGUCAUCAUGCCUUGAACGUGUGAGGAAGACUCAAGUGUAUUUCAUGGAUAUUCUGCAUAUCUACCCCUGCGCCGGUCAUAUAGUUUGGUGAAGUCUCGUUACCCCGUUUUUACGUUUGCAUGAUUCAAACUGCGACUCGUGAAUCCUGCGAGAACAGGACGUUCCCGAAACGUUCCUUCACGGCUUGGCGCUGUUACAUUCGAGUAAUUGUUCACUUUAGUGGUAUUUUUGUUGUGCAAUGUUCAGUUUGUUUCUUUGUACAGAUGACUUUUUAUUUUUUCGACAGCAUUUUAGAUUUUUUGUUUUGUAUAGAUUUCUGCUUUGCUUUUUAUAGAGACAAAAUGUGCGAAAGAAACAUAAGAGCACUCUGCCUUUGUGAACGGAAAUCGGUGAGCGCAUUUACGGAUCCGCACCUUCUCGAUGUUCUGAUUGGAACCGGCGUUGAAGCGGCCAAUCGGCUUCUGUCAGUAUUGCCGAAGUCCAUUUGCAUGACAAACCCACCUCUCUGUCAAAUAUGUGAAGCAAAAUGCUGUACAAUUGCUGUGUAAUCUCGUUCACCCUAUUGAAAACAAAAAAAGAAGCUGAGGUGUGAGACUUUAAGUAUCGUGACUGUUUAUGAAGCCCUACGAUUGAUGUUCACUUCCAUUUCGAGGGCUUUCAAGUCCAACUCAUCUGAAUUCAGAACAAGUUCACAUUGCUGUAGUUUUUACUUGGAAGAGAUGUAUUUGCAGCCGAGUUUUCGAUAUUGUAAUAUUUGUCGAUAAUUAUCUGACCAAAUGCCUUGCUCAGUGUGAUCUACUGACGCUUGACGGGCUUUCUGAUGUACUUUGGACUCCUUGUGAUGUGUGAACCACUGUGCUUAGCCGUAUCUACAGAAACCUCACUCAAAUGACUUUCGACGUUCAUAAAAAAUCCUUAAAUGGAAGCUCUUCCAUCAGUGUGUUACUAUCGGCAUUGUUACUGCAUUACUGGACUUUCACCACAACUACGUUGGACUUUACUUAGAAACACUGGUGGGAAGUGUCAGUUUUUCACGUAGACGGUCUGUUAAAUCUGUUAGGUCUAACAAAAAGAUGUUUAUUAUGCGAUGUAUAUUUGUGUGAUGUCCAUGUUUAAUGGGCUGUAUUUGACUUUAGACUUAAAAUGUACGCAAAAACGCAUAGAAAACGCUCAUCUUUUAUCCAGCUGUCAAACAACACGAGCUGUCAUCAUCAUGUACGUAUAUGACCCAUCAGAACGUCCUUAAAGUGACACUGAUCUUCAACAUUUUAGUUGUCUCUAACUUGGUAUAAUGUUCUGUGGGGUAUUCUGUAUUGAGCCAUUAUUUUUUAUUUGAGAGUAACUUAAUUUGCUGUAUUUGAAAAACAUAUUGCAUCAUAUAAUGACAAUGUAGAGAUAUAGAAUCAAUUAAAUCACUCACUGCUGGGCUUCAGAAUAAAGUGAAAAUGUCUUUCAA